ACUACUAAGCAACAAGUGGCACUAGCAAACCAGCAACUUCUUUUGACAGUUGCGUGGUGUUUCCACACCACACGUUGCUUGACAACAUUUACUCAUCCUCUAUUUGUCUAUCCCCUUUUGCAUUUUUCUUUCUUUCUUUCACCCUCUUCCUUCUUUUUACGUAGCUGCACUUUGCCAGAUGUUUGAAAAUUCCAAGACAGACUGACAGUAGCUUGUAAAGCAGAGAGUAAAUAAGGAGCAAGACCGCUUGUUCUUGCUUCUACACACUUAUUUUCUCUCUGAACAUCAGAAACUAGUGGAGAAGUCCGUUUUAGUAGUUUGCACUCCACAAAUAGUCCCGGGAACUUGCAUGUACUGAGAUUGAAUAGAUGAACAGUUAAUAUCAACUGGAGCAGUAACUAUGGCUAACUCCACACCAAGCACUAAUGGUGCUACCAACCCCUAUUGUAUGAAAUCAGACAGCAAUGGAUCCUGUUCAGGCCUGAUUUUACCAAUUCUUAAUGAAGAUGCCUGGCCUUUAGGGUUCCGUGCAUUUGUAUACUUGCUAGGAUUACUUUGGUGCUUCUUGGGUGUAUCGAUUAUUGCUGAUACAUUUAUGUGUUCCAUUGAACGCAUUACAAGUAAAACCCGUAAGAUCAGAGUGGCCGACAGCAGCAAACCGAAUGGAUUUCAUGAAGUUGAAGUGAAGGUAUGGAAUGACACCGUUGCCAACCUCAGUCUGUUGGCUCUUGGUACGAGUGCUCCAGAAAUAUUACUGUCUGUUAUUGAGAUUCUGGGUAAUGGUUUCUGUGCUGGUGCUCUUGGACCAUCAACCAUUGUUGGUUCAGCUGCUUUCAACUUAUUCGUCAUAUCUGGUAUCUGUAUCAUGACAAUUCCAAACGGUGAAUUCCGACGCAUCAAAAGUAUGCGGGUGUUUGGUAUCACCUCAUUCUUUUGCCUUUUUUCUUAUAUGUGGCUUGCCAUUGUUUUGCUAGCCAGUAGUCCGAAUGAAGUGGAACUGUGGGAAGCUAUUGUGACUUUCCUCUAUUUCCCACUUCUCAUCCUUAUUGCCUAUUUGGUUGACCGGAAGUGCUGUAUUGAGGAUAAAUCCACAGGAAUUUAUGAAAUAGCAAUGGCACCAGAGGCAAAAGUUGAUGCACCAAAAGAUAAACAGCUUGGCAAAGGAUCAAAGGGAUCAGAAGAAGAACCUUUGGACAAACCUGAAUCCACGGAAGAAAAUGUGUUUUUACUUGCCAGAGACCUUGCUCGUACACAAGAUAUUACUCAAACAGAUGCUGGCCGUUUAGCUGCAGCAACCCUUGCUGAACGUCAGAGCCAUGGGAGAGGAUGGUAUCGUAUCAAUGCCAAUCGAAGUAUGACUGGUGGUCAGAAACUUACGCCAAUAGUUAUGGAAGCUUUCAAAGAGAUUCAGGAUGAGCUUUCAGCCAAGUUGGAUAAUCCACAGUUGCAUGAGGACUUGAAGUUACCACAAGAAGAACGUGAGGCCUUACGUGUUCGCCGUGCAAAAGACCACUCUGAAGGAGGUAAAAAAGCUGUUGUAGAAUUUACUGCAUCAGGAGUAGCUGUACUGGAGAGUGAAAAGAAGGUCCGAGUUGGUAUUAGGAGAACUGGUAAAAUGGAUAUUCCUGUGCAAGUAAGAGUUGAAACAGUUCCUGGUACUGCUACACCAGGUAGUGAUUAUAAACCUUUGAAUGAAAUCAUCCAAUUCCAAGAAAAUGAAAUGUUACGCACUAUCUAUGUGGAGAUUAUUGAUGACUUUGAAUGGGAACCUGAUGAGUUUUUCUUUGUUCAGUUGUCACUUCUUCCUGAAAGCAAUGAUGUCUCACUUGCCAAAAAUUAUAUCAUGCAAGUGACAAUCAUUAAUGAUGACGAACCUGGAGUCUUGGAGUUCACCAAACCAAGUGUUCUUGUCACUGAAAGCUCUCGGAAAGUAAAAAUUCCUGUAAAAAGAUCAAAUGGAGCUGAUGGACAUGUCAGUGUAAAAUGGAAGACAAAGGAUAUGACAGCUCAUGCUGGUGUUGAUUAUUUUGGUGGAGAAGGUGAACUUACCUUUGACAAUGGCGAAAUUCUUAAGAACGUUGAAGUCUUUAUUUAUGAUACUAAGACAGCUGAGAAAGAUGAGUGUUUCCAGUUAAGCUUACUGGAAACUGGCGGAGGAGCUUCACUUGGCAAAAUUACAAAAACUAUUGUUACCAUAGUUAAGGAUGAAGAAUUCAAUAGUUUGGUCAGUCGAAUUGUCAACAUGACUAAACUUAAUUUAGACGCCCUUCAAUUAGACACUAUCAGCUGGGGUAAACAAUUUGAGAAUGCACUAAAUGUUAAUGGUGGUGACCUGGAAACUGCUACUGCAAGCGACUAUAUUUUACACUUUGCAUCAUUUGCAUGGAAGGCUUUGUUUGCUUGUGUGCCUCCACCUUCCAUUUGGGGAGGGUGGCCAACUUUCUUCAUUUCACUGGCUGUUAUUGGUUUAAUGACUGCUAUUAUUGGAGAUCUGGCUGGUGUAUUUGGCUGUUUAAUCAACCUUGAUGCAAGUAUUACAGCCAUCACCUUUGUUGCACUGGGAACCAGUAUGCCUGAUACAUUUGCUAGUCGAACUGCAGCUCUCAUGGAAAAGUAUGCAGAUGCAUCUGUCGGAAAUGUGAAUGGUAGUAAUUCUGUUAACGUAUUUCUCGGAUUAGGUUUGCCUUGGCUAAUAGCUGCUAUCUAUUGGAAUACAAAGGGUGAAAGAUUUUUUGUGGAUGCAGGAUCAUUGGGCUUCUCUGUAAUUAUCUACACAACUUUUGCAAUUAUUGCCAUAUUACUUUUAGUUAUUAGAAGAAGUCUGAAGAUUUUUGGUAAAGCUGAACUUGGUGGUGCUACUGUCCCGAAAAUAGUCACAGGAGUACUUUUUAUUUUCCUCUGGGUUCUCUAUGUUCUUUUGUCAUCAUUGCAAACCAAAAAAAUUAUUGAUGUUUCAAUUUAAAACCAACCCCACCAUUCUUUUUUUUUUUUAAUUAUAUAUAUUUUUUUAUAGCUUGAUUAAAAAUUUGGGUAACACCAGCUAAAAACAUCUGAUAAAAUAUUUUAAGAAAACAUUUAUAAUGAAAAAGAAGUACUAUAGAAAAUAUCAAAUAAAGGGUAAUAAAUUAAGCAGAUAAAAUAAGUGUAUGUCUAAAUUUAUAAAAAACAUCAAUUAUUUUAGACUAAUUCAAUGAAUGAAAGUAGGGCAAGGGAAAUAAUAAAUAAAUCUAACAUUUUCUCUAAUGAUUCUUCCAUGGAUAUAUUUUUAAAAAGUCCACUGAAUCAUUUUUUAUAUAUUUCUCUAAGCAUCCAUUUCUUAAAAUUAAUAUUUUCUCAUAAAAAAAAAAAAAUCACAAAGCAACCAAAUUCAUUGAUGAAAUUUUGCUUCAUGUCUUAUUCAAAGAUUAUAUCUUCCUUUAAAAAUUUUCC